AUGGCGGACUACAACACGCUUUAUCAGCAAGGCCUCUAUCUCACCCCCGAUCAGCAGGAUCUCCUCCUUGCCGCCUUUUCCACAGCCAACCCUCAGAAACAACCCAACACUUCCCAGCACAAAGUUGACUCCAACAGUGACCCGAAUCAUACACCGGGCCAUACUUCAUCUGGUAGCUUCAGUGUUUCUCCUUCCGGCCGGAUGGACGGCUCCGGGAAUCAUUCAAGCACCUUCGGCUACGAUGACAGCCCAUUUCUCGACUUCAACCCCGACCUCGACCUCGAUUUUCUGGACAAUGAGAACUUGAUUGGGGACCUCCCCCCGAGUCUGCCAUCUACCGAAGAUUAUGAACCCGGCGAUAAAAGAAAGGAUAUAGAUGGACCGGAAGACGAGAAAGAGGAGUCGGGGAAGAAGCGGAGAGAGAGCGACGAAAAGGCAGCCAAGAAACCUGGGAGAAAGCCGCUGACUUCAGAGCCCACUUCGAAGCGUAAGGCACAGAAUCGGGCAGCGCAACGAGCAUUCCGUGAGCGCAAGGAGAAGCAUCUGAAGGACUUGGAGGCGAAAGUGGACGAGCUCCAGAAAGCCUCUGACAAUGCAAGCCAGGAAAACGGCCUCUUGCGCGCUCAUGUGGAACGGUUGCAAGUCGAACUCAAGGAGUAUCGGAAGCGUCUCUCCUGGGUUACGACCGGCAGCGGGCUUUCUCCCAUGAACGCUAUUCCGGCCGUCCACUCACGGGCAGUGUACAAUGGUGUGAACAACAAUGACUUCCUAUUUGACUUCCCCAAAUUCGGAGAUCUUCCUGGCUCGCACAUCUUCCAUGGUCGACCGGGCAAUUCACCUCAGAGCAGCUCGGGAGAUAGUCGAUCAGCUCGUCCCCGCAACGAUGCCCAUGUUCCUGGUGUCCUCAAUCGCAACGCCUUGAACAGUCCAACCACUAGCGGUACUCCGUCUGCCAACUCGUCUUCGAAUGUUCACUCCCCAGCCUCUCAGACGCAUACCAAGUCCACCGCUGGAACUUCAGUCGGCACGGAUGAGACUAACGGAACUCCCAGGGGCUAUACCCCUAAAGUCAAUUCUGCUUACACUUCAAAGCAGACAUCGCACGACACGCCCAGCUCGGACUCUCCGUCAUCGUCCUCAGAUUCGCAUCACAGCCAGCUGCUUUCGUCUAGUGGCACUUCGCCUGAACCAAGCACACACUCUCCUGCAGUGAAGGCUUACGAGGGCGGUAACAAUCAUACAUGCACAUAUAGCACCGUUGGUGGUGAGGAAUCCUUCUGCGCUCAACUGGGCAUGGCAUGUGGCAAUAUCAAUAAUCCCAUUCCAGCUGUGAAACACAAUAGCGAGAGUGCAACGAACACACCCGCUCACGCCAACCCCACCGACCAGCUUCUCGGUCUGGACCUUCUCGCUCAACAAAACGGAGGACAGUUUGAUCCUGUUCUAUUCGGAGAUUGGCGUGAGCCCCAGGAUGCUAUCUUGUCUCAAGACUUUGGUACAUUCUUUGACGAUGCCUUCCCUCUGCCCGAUUUGGGCAGCCCCUCGCACAACCUCACUGAGGUGGUGAAGCAACCAGCACCACCCAAGAAGGACCUCAUUGCCGAGAUCGAUAGCAGGCUUGAGGAGGAUGAUGAGGUUGUUCCUGGCGAGGACAAAUCCCAAAUGUUGACAUGCUCUAAGAUCUGGGAUCGCUUGCAAUCGAUGGAGAAGUUCCGCAAUGGUGAAAUUGACGUCGACAACCUCUGUUCCGAGCUUCGCACGAAGGCUCGAUGUUCCGAGGGCGGCGUAGUCGUGAACCAGCAAGAUGUUGACGACAUUAUGGGUCGCGUCAAAUAG